UUACGUGUUCGUGUGUUCGUGUUGAUGAGUGAAGUGAAUUUGUAUUUUGAUAUUAAAAAUUUCUUUACAACAUAUUUUAUUCUGGUUGCUUAUUGUUUCAUUUUCAUUUCCCAAGAAGUUUUAAUACAUAGUAAUACAUAGUUACAUAAGACAAAAGUUAAUCGAAAUGAAUUCUGCGACUCCAGUCGUGCCGCAGGUGCCGUUGCUGGAUGAUGAUACUAUCGCCUUCGGUGAGGAGGACAACGCUAACAAACAAUUUGUCCACCCAUACAUAGUGUUCUUCCACCUGAUAUUCCGCGGCGCCGCCAUAGUGGUGUACAUCCUCUGCGGCUGGUUCUCAGACUCCUUCAUCGCCAGCUUCGUGCUAGUGGUGCUGCUGCUUUCGGCUGACUUCUGGACUGUUAAGAACAUAAGCGGGAGACUGCUGGUGGGUUUGAGGUGGUGGAACUAUGUGGACGAUGAAGGAAAGUCGCAUUGGGUCUUUGAGUCCAAACAGAACCGCGUGAACCGCAACGAGAGUCGACUGUUCUGGCUGGGCCUGAUGCUGUGCCCUCUCAUCUGGGCCGGUUUCUUCAUCAUCUGCCUCUUUGGGCUCAAGUUCAAGUGGAUGUUGUUGGUGCUGAUCGCGCUGACGCUGACGGGCGCCAACCUGUACGGCUACGUCAAGUGCAAGUUCGGCGCCAAGGAGAACCUGAAGUCCGCCACCACCGACUUCGUGAAGAAGCAGCUGUUGCAGAACGCCACCUCCUUCAUGUUCGCGCAGCCCGCGCCGCCGACCACCGGCAAUACCGGCGUCGUUUAGAUGUAGGGUUAUGAUCAAUAGAUUAAUUGUAAUUUAAUUUUAAUUUUAAAUAAAAUAAAUAAAUUAUAAUUUUAAGACAUUU